CCCUCCCGGAAGCGGCGUGUCUGUGGCUCCAGAGCAGCCAUGGAAGAGGCUCAGAGGCUGGUGCUGCGGAGGUCUAGGCUGAGGCUGGUGCGGGAGCUGCGGGUGGAGCCCCUCUGGGAGCCCCUCCUUCGGAAGGGAGUCUUCACCCGGGACAUGAUCCAGGAGAUCCAGGCGUCUGGGACGCGGAGGGACCAAGCGCGGCAGCUGGUCAUCGACCUGGAGAGCCGGGGGAAGCAGGCCUUGCCUUUGUUCAUUGGGUGCCUCCAAGAGACGGGUCAGAGCAGCCUGGCGGCUUUCUUGGCGGAGGGAUGCUGUGCGUCACAAGGGCCCCCGGCUGAUAUAAAACCCAUCCAAGUCCCUUCGCACUCGGGGCAAGGGGAUCCGACUUCUGAAUCUUUGCCUUUUCCCAUCCAAGCGAUGAACCAAAGACACCAAGAACCAACACACGACGUUUCAGCUGCUCAGGGCUCUGUAGAAGAGAGACCCAGGAGAAACUCAGAAACAGCUUACGUCCUGAAAAGCCGUCCCUGUGGCUACUGCCUCAUUAUCAAUAAUGUGAAUUUCAGUGGCGCCACUCACCUCGGCCUCCGCCUCGGCUCUGACGUCGACUGCGAGCGGCUGGAGAGAAGGUUCAAGUCCUUGUGCUUUGAGGUUCUGACCCGCCAAGAUCUUAAGGCACACGAAAUUGCUUCCGAGUUGCAGAGCCUGGCGAGGAGGGAUCACGGCUCCCUCGACUGCUGCCUUGUGGUCAUCCUUUCUCAUGGCUGUCAGACCAGCCACAUUCAGUUCCCGGGUGGAAUUUAUGGCACAGACGGCCGUCGUCUUGCAGUGGAGAAGAUUGUCAGCUACUUCAAUGGGAGCAACAGCCCCAGCCUGAGGGGGAAGCCCAAGAUCUUCUUCAUCCAGGCUUGUGGUGGAGAGGAAAAAGACCGAGGGUUUCAAGUGGAUUUUGAUGCUUCUCCUGGCGGCCAGAUGUCCGGGCGGACGGUUGAAUCGGACGCAACCCCUUUCCAAGUGCAGAUGGGCAACUCCGACGAACUGGAUGCCAUUGCAAGCUUGCCUACCCCCAGCGAUAUCUUGGUGUCCUACUCAACAUUUCCAGGGUUUGUAUCCUGGAGGGAUAAACUGACUGGCUCCUGGUACGUUGAAACCUUGGACCAGGUCUUGGAGCAGUACGCCAGUUCUGAAGAUUUGCUUGAUAUGCUACUGAGGGUGGCGGAUGCCGUUUCGGCGAAAGGGACCUUCAAGCAAAUGCCCGGCUGUUUCAACUUCCUCCGGAAGCGAUUCUUCUUCAUGGUCAAAUGAAGGACCCUCUACAAAGUAGAAGAUCUGGACCUCCUCCUAGAAGUGGUCCCAAAAGUCGUCCUGUUUGAAAUGGCGUAGCGCUACGAGAUUAAGAUGGAUACUCCUCUAGUUGAGCAAAAGUCUUACGGAUGGAGCAGAGACUUAUUUUACCGUGACAAAAACCCCAUCUCUUUCCUUUUAUUCGGAGAGACCUGAAGGAUCUGCUUCCUGAAUUUGGAGUUUCCCGAAAGGAUCUUGCUGGGAUACAUUUCCCAUACAUUUCCCAUUCUUGGGACCUUCCUGACUCGGCUCAGUUAGAACCAACUUGAAUCAGGUUGAAUGUUUUCCCUUUCUCCCUUUCCAUUUUAAGGAACUCUCUCAAAAAAUCCCCCAAACAUAGCUUUGUGAGCUUGCUUUGCGUGAUUUUGGGUUUUUCUACUAUCAGUACGGUCUAAGGGAAACUAUUGACUCUAAAACUGGUGGAAGAAACCCAACAGAAAUUGCUUUUCUGGGACCAGAAAACAAUGCAUUUUUCAUAUUUUUGAAUUAAUUGAUAUGUUUUUUGAUUAAAUUUCCAGUCUUUCC